ACCAAAAGGUUCUUCGAGGAAACAGAGACGACCAGCGAACCAGCUAGGGCUUUACGUCUUCCCAACUCACCGCCUCAUUUCGAGAGAAUUACGCCAAGAAGCAGCACUUUCAUUGAUGUAGCGGCAUUCUUAGGAUUCAUUUCAUACUGCGGGCCUCGGCCAGAGUCUCUCGGUGAAAGAUCAUUUUUUUCAAUCACUUUUCAUAUCACGCUGGUUAACAUACAGGUUUUAGCCUCAAUUUUUCCAUAGAAAUACAAGAAGAAGAAACAAAGAGGGAAACAGAAUACGGGCAAAGGAGUAUUAACCUAAAGAAAUGAGAAAACCUGUAGCAUGGCAAAUCCGCAGAAUGUUGAACUGGAAGCUGCGAAGUUUCUGCAUAAACUUAUCCAGGAAUCCAAAGACGAGCCUACUAAAUUAGCCACAAAGCUUUACGUGAUUUUGCAACAUAUGAGAUCUAGUGGAAAAGAAAAUUCAAUGCCUUACCAAGUCAUAUCAAGGGCCAUGGAAACUGUUAUCAAAGAACACAAUCUUGACAUUGAAAAUCUGAUGUCGUCCCGCCUUCCUUUGGCUGCUGGAUCACAAAUUGCAGAUUCUGCAUCUUCACAAGUACCUGGCUCUUCUCAGAGGAUUGGAGCUGCGAAAGACUCCAAAUCCAGCUUUUCAGGAAAUGAGAUGGGAACUCCUGAGACAUAUGCCAGGGUACAUACUGGUGCAGGAAGUGGGGGGCAUGACUUGUAUCAAGGGUCUACAGCACACAUAAGUGGUGGUUCAGUUAAGGUUCAUGGGGCUUCAUCAGGUGCUCCGGGAUCUUACUUAUCUGCUGAAUCAGCAAAUAGGAUGCAGUAUGCUACUUCUUCCUUUGAUGGGCAUGGUUUUGCUGCAAAACCUCAGAAGGAGAGAAACAUGGAAGUAUAUUCUUCUGUUCCUUCGGGCGAUCAUUCUGCAGGCAAAAGUAUAGCUGGGAAGUCAAUGGAUCAUGGAGGACCUAGUAUGGCUGCUAAUGGAAAUAAGAGUGGCUUUACAAGCAACCACUCUGAGGCAAACGUGCUUAGAACUACUGCUUCUAGGGAUACCGGCAAAUCUCCUGUUUCUCAAGCAUCUGCUGCUACAAACCUUCCUUUCAAGGAACAACAAUUGAAACAGCUCAGAGCACAGUGCCUUGUGUUUCUGGCUUUCAGAAAUGGCUUGAUGCCCAAGAAACUCCAUCUUGAGAUUGCACUCGGAAACAUUUACACCAAAGAAGAUGGAGCUCGCAAAGAUCUUACUGAUCAGAAAGCCAGGGAGCAAUUUGUUCAUGACCCAAGCAGUAAGGCUCACCCGCCAAUCUUGGACUCUGGUUCCUCUAAAGAAGUUGAUCUUGCCAAGAUGACAGAUGAGAGGGUUGGCCAGCCUUCUAUCCAAGCUGACACUGAACAUGACAAGAAAAAAUUACCAACAAUAUGGAAAACAGAUGCUGAAAUUCUAACACAGCAGGGUAUAGAGUUUCACGAAUCUGUUAGAAGGGAACCACAAGAUUCAAGCACUAGAGAAGUAUUUAACCGUAAUCAUGAAGAUGGGAACAACCACCAGCUCACUAAUUCAGCAUCUGCAGCUUCACAACCAAAACUUGAGGCGAGCGGUGGCACUGGAAGUGGUAUUGCAAAUGAUAACCCUAAGGCAUCAUUACCUUCAAAUUUUGUUACACUUGAAACAAUGCUACACAGAAAGGAUGAUAUGCCAAGUCAGGCACAGAGUCAUGGUGAUUCCAAUGCUAUAGGAAGGUUACAAUCUGUUAAGGGAUUGUCAAACUUUCCAUUGAAAGAUCAGUGGAAGCCUGUCCCAGGAAUAGGUAGCCAAAAUUACCCAACAAUAGCAAUGAAGGAUUCUAAUACAUUGCUAAAAAAUGUUUUGCCAGGCACAGAACUGGAAGAUGGCUAUGCUUUGAUAUCUACUGACAUACAACCUUCUCCUAAGCAUUCUACUGUAGAAAGAUGGAUCUUGGACCGACAGAAGAGAAAAGCUGUUACUGACCGGAAUUGGGCUCAAAAACAGCGGAAAACUCAACAAAAAAUUACUACUUCCUCUGAGAAGCUGAAGGGUAUUGUAAGCUCUUCCGAAGAUCUUUCUGCAAAAACUAAAAGUGUAAUUGAAUUAAAAAAGCUUCAGUUGUUGGAGUUGCAGAGACGACUUCGGAGUGAUAUCUUAAAUGAUUUCUUUAAACCGAUAGCCAGUGAAAUGGACAGAUUAAAGUCAAUUAAGAAGCAUAGAAUCGGGAGGAGAUCAAAACAAAUUGAAAGAUAUGAGCAGAAAAUGAAGGAGGAGCGGCAAAAGAGAAUUAAAGAAAGACAGAAGGACUUCUUUAGUGAGAUAGAAGUUCACAGAGAAAGAUUGGAAGAUGGAUUUAAAGUGAAGAGAGAGCGCUGGAGAGGAUUCAAUAGACAUGUAAGAGAGUUCCACAAAAGAAAGGAAAGGUUUCAUCGUGAGAAGAUAGACAGGAUUCAGCGUGAGAAGAUUAAUUUGUUAAAAAUUAACGAUGUUGAAGGGUAUUUACGCAUGGUUAAGGAUGCAAAAUCAGACCGUGUUAAGCAACUGCUGAAAGAAACUGAAAAAUAUCUCCAAAAGCUUGGGUCCAAACUAAAGGAUGCUAAGUCAAUGGCAAGACAAUUUGAGAAAGAGAUGGAGGAGAAUGAGGGUGGUUUUGUUGAGGAAAGUGAAGUUGCUGUUGAGCACGACGAUGACAAAGAUCAAGCCAAGCAUUAUUUGGAAAGCAAUGAGAAGUACUACAAGAUGGCACAUAGUGUAAAAGAGAAUAUUAUUGAUCAGCCAAACUGCCUUGUAGGUGGAAAACUGAGAGAGUAUCAAAUGAAUGGGCUAAGGUGGCUGGUUUCACUUUACAAUAAUCAUUUGAAUGGCAUACUAGCAGAUGAAAUGGGCUUGGGUAAAACUGUUCAGGUCAUUUCUCUAAUCUGUUACUUAAUGGAAACAAAGAAUGAUAGAGGGCCAUUUCUUGUGGUUGUACCAUCUUCUGUUCUACCUGGAUGGGAAUCAGAAAUCAAUUUUUGGGCACCUACUAUACACAGAAUUGUGUAUUCUGGCCCCCCAGAGGAACGCCGAAAGCUGUUCAAGGAGCAAAUUGUUCAUCAGAAAUUCAAUGUUCUUCUGACAACAUAUGAGUAUUUGAUGAACAAGCAUGAUCGGCCAAAGCUAUGUAAAAUACAGUGGCAUUAUAUCAUUAUUGAUGAAGGUCAUCGUAUUAAGAAUGCUUCCUGCAAGCUCAAUGCUGAUUUGAAACAUUACCGAAGCAAUCAUAGAUUGCUUUUGACCGGAACUCCUUUGCAGAACAAUCUUGAGGAGCUAUGGGCACUGCUUAACUUCUUGUUGCCAAAUAUCUUUAACUCAUCUGACGACUUCUCUCAAUGGUUCAAUAAACCUUUUGAGAGUAAUGGUGACAAUUCGCCAGAUGAAGCUUUACUAUCUGAAGAGGAGAAUCUUUUGAUUAUAAAUCGUCUUCACCAAGUUCUACGACCAUUUGUACUGCGAAGAUUGAAACACAAGGUUGAAAAUGAGUUGCCUGAAAAGAUAGAGAGACUUAUUAGAUGUGAGGCUUCUGCAUAUCAGAAGCUGUUGAUGGGGCGUGUUGAAGCCAACCUUGGUGCUAUUGGAACUUCAAAGGCUAGGUCAGUACAUAACUCCGUGAUGGAACUACGCAAUAUAUGUAACCAUCCAUAUCUCAGUCAACUUCAUGUCGAUGAGGUUCAUGACUUGAUUCCAAAGCAUUAUCUUCCCAAUAUUGUGAGACUCUGUGGGAAGCUUGAGAUGUUGGAUAGAUUGUUACCCAAACUGAAGGCAACUGAUCAUCGGGUACUUCUCUUCUCAACAAUGACCAGACUACUUGAUGUUAUGGAGGACUAUCUAAUUUGGAAACAAUAUCGAUACCUCCGAUUAGAUGGACAUACAUCUGGUGGCGAUCGUGGUGCUCUCAUUGAACGGUUCAAUCAACCUGGUUCUCCAUAUUUUAUAUUUCUACUCAGUAUUCGAGCUGGAGGUGUAGGUGUGAACCUCCAAGCUGCUGAUACCGUGAUUAUUUUUGAUACGGAUUGGAACCCCCAGGUGGAUCUGCAAGCACAGGCUAGAGCUCAUAGGAUUGGACAGAAGAAGGAUGUGCUUGUUCUUCGCUUAGAAACUGUUCAAACUGUGGAGGAACAAGUCAGAGCCUCUGCUGAACACAAACUUGGGGUUGCCAAUCAGAGUAUAACCGCAGGGUUUUUUGACAAUAAUACGAGUGCGGAAGAUCGAAGAGAAUACUUGGAGUCACUCCUGAGGGAGUGCAAGAAAGAGGAAGUUGCACCUGUUCUAGAUGAUGAUUCUCUAAAUGACAUUAUAGCUCGCAGUGAGUCAGAAAUUGAUAUAUUCGAGUCUGUUGACAAGCAGAGGCGUGAAGAUGAGAUGCUUGCGUGGCAAAAUAUGUGGGGUGGGAAAGGACCAGAAAAAUGCAAGCAAAUACCUCCAUUACCUUCAAGACUUCUAACAGAUGAUGACUUGAAAUCAUUUAUUGAGGUAAUGAAGAUCACGGAAGCACCAGCUCCUGGUUUAUUACCCAACACUGGGAUGAAGAGAAAGGGUGGUUCUCUUGGAGGCCUUGAUAUGCAACAAUAUGGCAGGGGCAAACGUGCUAGGGAGGUUCGCUCUUAUGAAGAGCAAUGGACAGAAGAAGAAUUUGAAAGAAUGUGCCAAGUUGAGUCUCCUGAUUCUCCCAUGAUAAAGGAAGAAUUUUCUGGAAAAACAUUGGCAGUAGCUGGUCAAAGCUCACUCUCAGUCAUUGGGGAGAUGCAGGAACCAGCCUUGCCUCAACACCCCCAGCAGCCUAGUGCGGGUCCCCAAGUGCUGCACAACAAGGAGGCUACACCACCUUCGAAACGGGGGCGGGGUCGUCCAAAGAGAGUGGUUGAAACCUCUUCUCCAGUUCCUUCUCCUGUGCCAACUGGAACGGUAAAGGUUGAAGAGGUCACCAAGGUUGAAACUACACCUGUGGUGCCUGAUCCUGAUUCUUUGGCGGGUACUGAUGUUAAUAGUACUACUGAGGAUGCUCCUGUGUCUGGGUCAACCAUUGCUCCAAAUCCUGAACCAAAUGUAUUUCCACCAAUGAUUCCAACUCCUCAAGCUGCUGUGUCCCCUCCAUCAACUGGGCGAGGUAGAGGACGAGGCCGAAAAUCUCAAAUAGGUGGAGAAGGUCCCAAUUCCAGGCGAAGAGGCAAAAGGCAGACUGCAAUAUUAACAAAUGCUCCAUUAUCUCCCUCACUGCAACCCACUGACAAACCACCAACUGAAACACAAGGAGAGCUAGCCUCUAGUUCUGCAGUAGCUGCAAGUUCUGAUUCUGUUUCAGUUAGCAGCAAUGUUGUUAAGGAAGUUCGCAAUGAACCAAAUAUUGCUGCACCUGCUAAUGAACUAUCCACACCAUCUGUCCUGAGCAAUGUUGAUGCUGGAUCACAACAGGAAAUCACAGCUGGAACUUCAGCUAUGUCUGGUGCUGCCUUAGGUGCUGUUGUGCCUGUGCCCAAUGUUGUCCAGGCAGAUGCUGGGACAAUACCUGCUUUGAGUACCCAAGCUGCACCUGCAUUACUUUGUGGUGUAGCUGUUUCUCCGUCAGUUUCUGAUCCUUCUCUGGCAAAGCCAGGCAGAGGCCGAGGUCGUGGACGAGGACGGGGUCGUGGGCGAAUUCCUAAUGAAGAGCCACCUCUGCGUAGGCGAAGGAAGCAAGAGUCUGUGGCAUCCUUUGUUCCUGGUGCAGUAUCAAGCCUGGAUCCUGAAAUUACUGAAUCUCCACUUAAGAAACCCCGCGUUUCUAUAGGACAGGACACCACUGCUCAAAAUGCUUCAGAUCCUUCUGCUGAACAAGCUCAUGCAGGCUCUUCUAGAGUUACUGAUAUUGAUGAAAGGAAGUUUGAAGAUCCUCCUCCAGGACAAGAUGCAAAUGAAUGGAAAGGCGAUGAUGAUGAUGAUGAUAAAGUCCUUGCACCAAAAUCUAAUGUUUCUGACAAGUCAUCAUCUUUUUCAGCAUUGGAUUCAGAAGUUAGAACAUUGAGUUCUACACCUACAGCGUUAGAGAUUCAAUCUGCAAAGGAAGGUGAAGGAUCCAAUAAUAAGAAUGAACCUACUAACAAGGGUGCACUUGGGGUUGUAUCUAUUGAUAACAAUAAUGGAUCAGAAGAUUCUAAAACUCAACUGCAAAUCAAGAAAGAUUCUGUUGAGUUAGACAAAUCCCAAGAUUUAAAUAGCGAUGCUGUGAAGGAUGCAAAUGAAUCUGGAUCAAUGCCUCUUGCUGAUGAUAGUGGCAAGUCUGAUUCCCUUGAACCUGCCAAGAGUCCUUAUCAAGAUGAAGCUUCUGUGUUAGAUAAUGCAUCGAAGGAAGGCACAGAUGGUGUUCUUCUAGAUUCUGUCCCUAAGUUAUCUGAAAGUGAAACUGUUCAAGGACCUGCAGAUUUACUUCCUUUACCAGCAUCAAGUGAAAGCCCAGUUGAGAUGGCCAAACACCAUGAUCAAUCUAAUGAUAAUGUUGAGGCUGAAUUGGCUGAGCAAUUAAUAACUGUAUCUGGUGAUAGUGGAAAGUCUGAUAUUCCUGGUGAAGCGGAAGGGCGCAAUAUUGCUGAGCCUUCUAAGUGCCCUAAUCUGGAUGCUAUCUUAGCAGAGGGUGCAACAAGUGAGAUUUCAGAAAUAGAAAAUACUGAACAAGAUUCUGGGGACAAAGGGUUUGGUUCAAAGCCUGAUGAAGCUGGUUUUGCAGGUAUCUGUGCAGAAACCUUAGAAUUGGCUGUGGGUUCAGAUCUGAAAGAGAUACAGAAACAAGAUUCAGAAGAUGAUAAAAAAUCAACAGUAGAAAGAAAAGAUUGUUUCAUCACCUCCUUGCCUAGUUCUGGAAAUGGUGAGGUUAUUGUAGGCAAAGUGGAGGAACUUCAAGAACAAGAUUCAAAAGAGAUAGGAAGUGAAGAUCACUUGGCUGAAGAGCCUGCAUCACAACAUCAGUUGAGUGAUAAUUUGCCUUUAAAUUCCACUCAGGAGCUAGUUCCUGCAUUGGAGCUUUCAGUUUCCGAGUCUGAUGUUCAGCCUGCAAAACAUGAACAAGAAACGAAGGGGAGAGAGCGUGAAGAUCACCAAACUGAAGUGCCUGCAUCACAACCUAACAUGUGUGCUGACUUGCCAAUAAACUCAACUCUGGAGGUGGCUCCAGCAUUGAAUACUUCAUCUCCCGUGUCUGGGGUUCUAUCUGCAGAGGAGAAACAGCACAGUUGCAUAGAAUCUGACUCAGUCCUUGGUGCAGGGAGUUCUGUUGGUUCACUUCCUGACGCUGUUGAAGCACCUUCCAAUACUUUGUCUGAAUUGAUUGUCAAAGAAACUAUGAUUACCACAAGCCAAGAGACAGGAAUGGUUAUUCCCGAAACUGCAUCCCUCCCUGAACCCAUAACUGUGGUUAAGGAGUCAGAAUCCAUGUGUCCAGUAACUAAUGCUGAAGAAAUGAUUGAAUCAGAUGAAUGUCCUACUAUGGGUGAAGUGAUGCCGCUUGAUAGUUUGGUGGCUGGAGUUGCUAACCCCAUCUCUGAGAUACCUGAGAAUCAAUGUGAUCGCGAAUCUGAGCAACUUACUGCUGGUGAAUGUGGAAACAUCGGGCUCUGUUCGGGAGAUUCUGUUUUAAUGGAGGAAAUUCCGGACCAAAUUACCGAGGAAAAUGCUCCUGUUGAAGAUCCCAUUCUAGCAACCGAAGUUGUGUUUCAAACUGAUGAAGGCUCCCUUGCGAGGGAUAGUUUGUCUGAAGGAAGAGUGGAUACAGACUCAGCGAUGCAUAUGGACACAAUUGAGAAUCUAUCUGGGGAAUCUGCCGAAGAGCAUGAAAAGGAAAAUGCCACAGUUGAAGUUUCUGCCAUGGUAACUGAAGUUGCAAGUCCAACUUUUGAGAGUGGUUUAGCACCCAAUAAUUCAGAGGUAUGCGGAGGCAUGAAUGAAUCUGAUGAGCUUGGUGACGAUCAUGCAAAGGAAAAUGCCCCGAUUGAAGUUCCGGCUCCAGUGACUGAAGUGGCAUCUGAGAAUAAAUCUGGUAAACCCUCUGAUGAUCAUGCAGAGGAAAAUGCCCCGAUUGAAGAUUCCACUCCAGUGACUGGAGCUGCAUCUGAUGAUCUAGAGGUGGAUAGGGACACAUCUGAGAAUGAAUCUGGUAAACUUGCUACUGAUCAUGCUGAGGAAAAUAUAAUGGAUGAAGUUUCGACUCUGGUGCCUGGAGUUGCAUCUCCAACUCUUGAGGUCUCCUCAGCACCUGAUAAUUUAGAAGUGGAUAGGGACACAUCCGAGACUGAAUCUGGUAAACUUGCUGAUGAUCAUGCAGAGGAAAAUGCUCUGGCCGCUCCUGAAGUCUCCGUAGCACCCGAUGAUUCAGAGUUACAUAAGGACACAUCCGAGAAUGAAUCUGGUAAACUUGUCGAUGAGCAUGUCGAGGAAAAUGCUUCCGGUGAAGUUUCCAUUCCAUCAAAUGAAGUUGCAUGUCCAACUAAUGAAGGGUCUUCGGGCCCUUACAAUUCCGAGGUACACGGGGAGGACAUAUGUGAGAAUGAAUCUGGUCAACUUGCCGAUGAACAUGCAAUCGAAAAUGCUUCAAUUAAAGCUUCUACUUCAUCAAAAGAAGCUGUGUGUCCAACUGUUGACGGCUCGUCUGUUCCAGAUGAUUUACCCGACACAAUGGAUAUGGACUCUGAGCCACUCUUGGACACAUCUGAUAAAGAAUCUACAAAGGAGAAUGCUCUUGUUGAAAGCUCCACUCCAACUGACGACGAACCUAUGGCUGAAAACACUGCAGAGCUACCUGGGGACGAUGGAUCUGUUAAAGAAAUUAUUCCACCAGAUGUUUCUAUUCCAAUCACUGAAUCUUCCAUUGAGGCUCCCAUGGAUACAUUAGGAUCUCAAGAAUCCCCCGAUCAUAAAUCUGAUGGAGAUACAAAUGCUGAGCAGGAUGCGCCUGACGAAGCUCUGCAGCCUAAUCCUGAAGACUCCAUAGCAGCACCAUCUCAUGUAGCUGCAAGUACCAUCUCCCAGAUGCUUGGGGAUAUGUUCGGUAACGAAUCUGGGAACCCGCCCGUUGAAGAACAAGCAGAAGAUGCCCCCCCUGGUGAGGCCGCCAUUUUCAAUGCUGAAGAACAUCCGACUGGGGAAGCUAAUGCCAGCGUUGAGCCGACAACUGAAGGUGUAGAGGAUGGCGGAGAGCCAGUCGACGAGUAGCAGCUGCAAGAGCAGGAAUGAAGUGCCGGUUCCCGAUGCUGAUGCUGAUACUGAUUCCGGGAACUUGGUUUGAAGCUUCCCAUCUCUUGAUGUGGAGAUGUUUAUGUAUACUGUGAAACUACAUGAAUGUCAAUCUCUUAAGAAUUGUUAAGUUUAUGCUUGUGCUAUAUAUACACAAGAAACUAUGCCAUUAGAAUAAGAACCAAUCAUCUCAGCCUCAGGUGAUCAAGGAUUUUAUAUAUAUGCAUUGAGAUGUUGCUCCUAGGACAUCGCCAAAUAAAUCGAACUGAACUGCUUAAUUGAACUAAACCGACCCGAAUUUUUGGUUAAUCGAGAUAUGGUAUUUAUUCGGUUCGA